UCUUCAAUAAAAAUUAGUUGUAUACAUGUACAUACAUACGUACAUACAUACAUACAUUUUUCUUUUCUUUUUUUCUUUUUCACUUUGUCCAUAUAAAAUGACAGAUACUCUCUCUCUCUCUGAUCUCCUAGAAACGACAACAAUUCUGGAACCUCCCUCUGCUAUAAAAAGAGAACUUUGGUUUAGGGUUUUGAAAGGUCACUUGUAGAACAAAGAAACAACAACCCAAAAAAAAAAAUAAAAGAAAAGAAGAAAUUAAGAAAAAUAAACUCGUAAAUAUUCAUUGCCACACCCCCACUCAGAGAGUACUGGUGUCAGCUCCACCUAGCUAUCUUUUAGAGAGAGAGAGAGAAAAGUUCCUCUCUCAGCUUCAGCUGGGUCUAUUAAUAAUUAGCUUUCAUUAGUUCUCUACAUAUUUCUCAUAUCACUCACUACUCUUUCUUUGUAUUUACAUAUAUAAAUAUAUAUAUAAUUGGAAAGAAGAAAAGAAAGAAAGAAAGAAAUUUGGUAGAGAGAGAAAGAGAGAGAGAUGGUAAGAGAAGUAUAUGGUUCAGGAGCAGGUAUGGAUACGAAUAUGAAACCUGCAUGGCUAGAGGGUCUGAUGGCUGAGACAUUCUUUGGUGGUUGUGGGGUCCACGAGAAUCGCAGGAAGAACGAGAAGAACGUUUUUUGCUUGAACUGUUGCCUUAGUAUAUGCCCUCACUGCCUUCCUUCUCACCGCUCUCAUCCUCUUCUUCAGGUCAGGCGUUAUGUUUACCACGACGUUGUUCGAUUGGGGGAUCUUGAAAAGCUCAUUGACUGUGCUUUCAUCCAGCCUUAUACAAUUAACGGUGCCAAAGUGAUUUUUUUGAAUCAAAGGCCACAGUCUAGGAGUUGCAAAGGAACUGCCAACAUUUGCUUCACUUGUGAUCGAAUUCUCCAAGAGCCAUUUCACUUCUGCUCUCUCUCAUGCAAGGUUGAUUUUAUGGUGAACCAAGGGGACGAUUUGACAACAAUUCUCUACCGUUUCGAUGAGUCCGAUUUCACAAUUUCUCAGUUCGAGGGAUUGAGGAUGGAUGGCUCUGAGGUCACUGACGAUGAAAAUGGUCCAAAUUUGGAUGAUCAUAACCCUAUGCACUACGGACAUUCUUCCGGCUCCCGUGAUGCUUCUAGCAACUCCGCUAUUUCACGGGAACAGGUUGCCAUGGCCGCCUCAACGGCCACCAAUUCGGUCAAGAAGAAGAAGAAAGGCAGUGGCUUUCUUCCUGGAAUUGUUCUUUCCCUUAGCAGCAGGAGAAAGGGUGCUCCUCAUAGGGCUCCACUUUCCUAGACUACUACUCAUCCAAUCUCUGCUAGUAGUAAUAAUUAAUAAUUAAAUUCAUAGGGACUUGGAAAUAAAAAAGAAAAUAUAGCUCCUCCUUGCAUUUGCAUUUACGUACCUUCUUAUAAAUAUAUAUAUGUAAUGUCCCUAUUUUAGGUAUCAUAUAUAAUUUAAGUCUCUCUUCAUAUCUUCAAAAGAAAAAGAAAAAAAAAAUUAUUAGGGCCGGUGAUCAUUAUUGCCAAGCUAGAUAAGUCUUAUUACCAAAUUUGUAAUGUUAUGGCAUGGUUUGGAGUCUGUAU